AUGGCAUAUUGGGCUAGUAGCUAGUAGAUGGUACAAAGAUAACAAAGUUGGAUUUAAUUUUGAAAAUACUUUGCAAAAUCCAAUCAUUACUUUCUGUAAAGACCCUGUUUUAGAGAAUAAUUCUGGCUCGAUAUCUGCUUUUGACUUCGCUCAUAUUAGACAAAUUUGCGGUGGUGAUCUUUAUACUUCAAUUCUUCAAGAAAUUACUAGUAAUCGAAUAAAAUAUGGCUGUGCAUAUGGAAUGAUACGAAAAGUUAUUGAUAUUGCAAUUUUAACCAAUUUAUAUGAAAAAUUAAUUGGAAUGUUUCAGAAUUUUUUAUCUACAAAACAGCAAACAUUAAAUAAUGAAAAUAAUAACACUGAUUCAACAAACUAUGUACAAGUUCAUAAUCCAGUAGUAUCAGUAAGAAAAGGUAGACUACCUGGAAGAGCAAAAAGCAAUGUAGAAAUACAAGAUAAACAAGUUAGACGAUAUAAUCCCUUAACGCCAAAUAAUAUAAACAAUCAAGAAUCAGAGGAUAAUAUGAAUAUUAAUCAGAAAACAUGUCAAAAUUGUGGGAAAAAAGGUCACAAUUGUGCUACUUGCAAGGCUAAACAUUUAUGA